GACGCUCUAGCUAUUCAAUUUCAAUUGCCAUUCAAUUUCAAUUAGUUUAGCGGCUUAUACUCAGGGGAAAUUUGACUAAGUUCUUUCCAGUUGUGGAGUAACUACCGCCAUGCGAGGUUUAUUUCUGGGUCUUAUGCUCUUGGCUUUUGCCAUAGUGACGGCCCGGGCUCUCAACUGCCAGCCGUGUAAAUUACUGGAGGCCCGUAAGACACAUGCGAACGAAACCCACACGAAGCCAAAGUGAGAAAAAGUGGGAGGGAGGCGGAGGCAGAGGCAGUCGGAAGGUCGGGAGAGCAGU